AUGAUUUCCGGAAUCGCCCACAUCAACCUCACAAUCCCUCGGGGUACAUUAGAACAAGCCGAGGAGUUCUACGGGACAACUCUCGGACUCACUUCGGCACCGGUACCGGAGCUCCAGAAGGGGACAAUCUUAUGGUUCGACAUCGGCUCUAGCGGACAGCAAGUGCAUAUUAGCUUCGGUGCAACUGAUCCCCAAGCUACCCGGCACCCAUGCUUCAAGCUGUCUUCCCGUGAGGAACUAGAGGAGAUUAAAGGAAGCAUCUAUGAUCAUCAUGUGCGUGGUGGUCCUGCAGCCCCAAUGGCUGCUGAUAAGCCUGGUGAGGUGAACUCUGGGACUCAAGGGAAAGAAUAUCCUACGCGGUUCUUCGCUCGGGAUUUCGGGGGGAACUUGCUUGAAUUUACUAUGUAA